AAGCCACCACCUCCUUGGCCGGCGCUCCAUCUCUGGGUCCCACUGUGCGGCUUCUUUCACUCCCCCUGGGCAGCAGGCACGGGAGGGUACCAAUCACCGGCCCCGCCAGCACCAGCAGUCCCCUGCUCAGCAACUGGGUGCAGCCUGCUCCAUGGCCCCCGAGAUGGACCAGUUCUACAGGUCCACCAUAGCCAUCUACAAGAGCAUCAUGGGGCAGUUCAACCCUGCCCUGGAGAACCUGGUGUGCUUGGGGCACAACUACCUCCGGGCCUUCCACGCCCUGUCUGAGGCAGCUGAGGUAUACUUCAAGGCCAUCCAGAAGAUUGGGGAGCAGGCCCUGCGGAGUUCCACCUCACAGAUCCUGGGUGAGAUCUUGGUGCAGAUGUCAGACACCCAGCGACACCUGAACUCUGACCUGGAGGUGGUGGUGCAGACGUUCCAUGGAGACCUGCUGCAGCACAUGGAGAAGAACACCAAGCUGGACAUGCAGUUCAUCAAAGACAGCCGCCAGCACUAUGAGAUGGAGUACCGCCACCGAGCCGCCAACCUGGAGAAGUGCAUGUCUGAACUGUGGCGCAUGGAGCGCAAAAGGGACAAGAAUGCACGGGAGAUGAAGGAAAGCGUGAACCGGCUGCACGCACAGAUGCAGGCCUUCGUGUCUGAGAGUCAGCGGGUGGCUGAACUGGAAGAGAAACGGCGGUAUCGUUUCCUGGCUGAGAAGCAUCUUCUGCUUUCCAACACCUUCCUGCAGUUUUUUGGCCGGGCCCGGGGGACGCUGCAGAACCGCGUGCUGCUGUGGAAGGAGCAGGCGGAGGCCAGCCGCAGCCCGUCGCGCGCGCCCUCACCGGGCCUGCUGGGCCCCGUGCUGGGGCUGCCCUACCCCUCGGGCCGCCUGACGCCCACCCGCUUGGACAUGCCCCAGAGGCCUCUGGGAGAGUUCGGCGCCCCCCGCAGCCGGCACGGCUCCGGCUCGUACGGCCCCGAGAGCCCCGAGGCGAGGUCCGCGCCCCAGCUGGAGCCAGAGCGCCGGCCCCUGCCCCGGACGCCGUCCGCCUCCUCGCUGGGCACCAGCAGCGGCCCGCGCUCGCGCUCCAGCUCCUUCGGCGAGCGCUCGGACGGCGGCGGCAGCACCAGGCGAGUCCGCGCCCUCGUCUCCCACUCGGAGGGCGCCAACCACACGCUGCUGCGCUUCGCGGCCGGAGACGUGGUGGAGGUGCUAGUGCCAAAGGCCCAGAAUGGCUGGCUCUACGGCAAGCUGGAGGGCUCAUCCACGAGCGGCUGGUUCCCCGAGGCCUACGUGAAGCCUUUGGAGGAGGUGCCCAUGAAUUCCGGGAAGACCUUGACCCCAGUGGCCUCCAUGAGCUCCAUGGGCCCCAUGAAUGAGCUACCUUCCAGGUACCUGGGUGGUCAGAGGUCCUACCCACUCCGGGGCAGCCACAGCCUUGAUGACCUCUUGGACCGACCAGGCAAUUCCACGGGGCCCUUGGAGUACUGGGAUGGCCAGUCCCGCACCCGAACACCAAGCCGGGUCCCAAGCCGGACCCCCAGCCCUGCUCCAACACCCUCGCCUGGCAGCCGCCGAAGUAGCAUGGGCAGCACGGGAGUGGCCGGUGAUGUCAAGAAACUUAUGUCCUGGGAGCAGCACCCCCCAGAGCUCUUCCCCCGAGGCACGAACCCCUUUGCCACUGUAAAGCUGCGCCCCACCAUCACCAACGACCGCUCCGCGCCCCUCAUCCGCUGAGGUGCCUUCUCCGUCAGGGGUCUGAGGUCGCCCCCACCAUGCACCUGCCCAGGGGCUGCCCAAAGCUGGUGGCAGCAGAGGAUCCGAGCAGUGGGGGCCCUGAGACGGGGGGUGGCUGCCCUACCCCAAACUGCAGCCCCAUCCCAAGCAGCUCUAAGGCCUGGGGUCUGGGGCCUUCAAAACAAAGCAGACAGAAUUGAGGGUUGGAACCAUUUCUUCCCCUCCAGGGGCCCCAGGACUCUCCCUGGGGGGCCUACCUCAUGCUCAUGCCCCCCAACCUCCUUCCUCCUCUGCCCCAACAGGGAGGAGCCUCUCCACCCCCCACGCUGAACACGUCCCUGGUUAACUUUUGUAAAAGAUGAGAAAUAAAG